AUGGGAAUUUCUAGAAGACAAUAGAAAUUAAUCUAACAUAGAAGAAAGCUGAUGAGAAAAAGUCCUCUUAAAAGUGAAUUCAUUAAGAAAUUCUAUUACUAAAAAAUAGAAAGAGGGAGAGAAAUUUAUUUAGGAAGUUAUUCAAAAUAUUAGGACUUUUGGAAAAAACGAAUUUUCUAAAGCUAAAGAUAUUAAAAAAAAAGAAAAUGGAAAAACAUAUUUGGUGUUUUAUGGGUUUAAAAACAAACAAUUGAGAAUAUACUUAAGAUUCAAUUUUAAGAAAUCAUCCAAAAAAUUAAAGUAAAAAUUAUAAAUUAUAAAAUAGCUAUAUAUAAAUAGAAGACAACUUUUCAUUAUUUAUGUAGUUGUAAAGUAUUACUUAACUUUCAUUCGUCCUCAUCUUCUACAUUCAUAAUAAAACUUUAUUUUUUUUAUUUAGCGCGUGGCGGUUUUUACUUUUAAUAAAAGUUGA